GUCCACAGGUGACCACAAUAUGAAAGUCUUCGUUUGCUUAAUGGCCGUUAUGGCUGCCGCUUCGGCAGGACAUUUGGGUGGAGGCGGUGGUGCCAUUGGAGGCGGUGGAGGAUACGGUGGAGGAUUUGGUGGUGGAUAUGGAGGUGGAUACGGCGGUGGAUACGGUGGCGGUUUUGGCGGAGGAUUGGGUGGCGGCCAUGGAGGAUUAAGCGGAGGAUCCAUUGGUGGACUUGGUGGAGGCCACGGAGGAUACAGCAGUGGCGGAUUCAGUGGUGGACUAAGCGGCGGAUAUGGUGGAGGCCACGGAGGAUACAGUGGUGGUGGAUUCGGUGGUGGUCUUGGUGGUGGACAUGGAGGGUACAGCGGAGGUGGUCUUGGAGGAUAUGGUGGCGGAUUGGGUGGAGGAUAUGGUGGCAGUGGACUCGGAGGUGGAUCUGUAAAAGUUAUCAAGAUCAUCAGCUCUGGAAGCGGAAGUGGAUUAGGAGACGGAUAUGGUGGUGGUUACGGUGGAGGAUACGGAGGCGGCUACGGUGGAGGAUAUGGCGGCGGUCAUGGAGGAUCCCUCGGUGGAGGAUACAGCGGUGGCCUUGGAGGAUCACUCGGUGGCGGUUAUGGUGGUGGCCAUGGAGGAUCAAUCGGUGGAGGAUAUGGUGGUGGCCAUGGAGGAUCAAUCAGUGGAGGUUUCGGAGGUGGCUACGGUGGCGGUUUCGGAGGUGGCUACGGUGGUGGCUACGGUGGUGGUUCUUCCAAAGGAUGGUGGUAAAUAGUGGAAAGUAUUACAAAGGCUGUGAUCGAAGCUUAAAUGUUGAAAUUUUGAGCAAACUUUUGUUACGUCUAGUAACAUUCUGUUUUUAUAAUAAAAAAACUGUUACAAAAUA